AUGGCGACAGAGGAAACAGAGAGCCUGCACGUCGUCCUCUUCCCCUUCCUCGCGCGCGGCCACAUCCCGGCCUUCCUCCGCCUCGCCGCACUCCUCCACGAGCUCCGCCCGGGCAUCACCGUCACACUCGUCUCCACCCCGCGGCUCCUCGCUUCCCUCACCCUCCCGGCCACCACGCCUCCCAUCCGCCUCCACGCGCUGCCCUUCGCGCCCGCCGACCACGGCCUGCCCCCCGGCGCCGAGUCCCUCGCCGACCUCCACGUGCACCAGUUCAUCGCCUUCUUCCAGGCGUCCGAGUCCCUCCGCCCCGCCUUCGAAGCGUUCGUCUCCGACCUCCGGUCCCCGGUCUGCAUCAUCGCCGACGCCUUCUUCGCGUGGAGGGCCGACGUCGCCCGCGCGCGCGGCGCCUUCCACGCCGUCUUCCUCCCUGGUGGCGCCUUCGGGAACGCCGUCUUCUUCUCCGUGUGGGAGCACCUGCCGCACACACUCCCCGCCGCCGCCGACGAGUUCCCUCUGCCGGACUUCCCGGCCGUUGUCCUCCACCGCACGCAGAUCCCGCGGUACAUGCUCGCGGCGACCGGGGCAGAUCCCUGGACCGCCUUCUUCCGGCGGGUCAUCUCCUCCUGCCGCAAGACCGACGCGGUCCUGGUCAACACCGUCCAAGAACUCGAGUCCUCCGGGCUGGACAUGCUCAAGAGAAGCUUCGGCGUCCAGCCAUGGCCGAUCGGGCCGAUUCUCGCGCUGCCGACUUCGUCAGACUCGCAAGACGAUGCCAGCAUCAUCCGGUGGCUGGACGCAUGUCCGCCGCGCUCGGUCCUGUACAUAUCAUUCGGGUCGCAGAACAGCAUCAACGCCGGUCAGAUGACACAGCUGGCGCUGGGGCUGGAGGCCAGCGGGCGGCCGUUCCUCUGGGUCCUCCGCCCGCCGGUGGGGCUCGACGCGACGGACGGCUUCAAGCCCGAGUGGCUCCCGGCCGGCUUCGAGGAGCGGACGGCGAAGGCAAACAGGGGAUUGCUGGUGCGCGGCUGGGCGCCGCAGGUGCGGAUCCUGGCGCACCCGUCCACCGGCGCGUUCCUGAGCCACUGCGGGUGGAACUCCAUCCUCGAGAGCCUCUGCCACGGCGUGCCGCUGAUCGGGUGGCCGCUGGGGGCCGAGCAGUUCUUCAACGCGAUGCUGGUGGCGGAGUGGGGCGUCUGCGUGGAGGUAGCGCGGGGGAACUUGGAGAGCUCGGCCGUGGCGAGUGGGGCGGUGGCCGAGACCGUGGGGACGGUGAUGGGGGAGACGGCGAAGGGUGAUCGGGUGAGGAGGAAUGCGGCGGCGAUCGCGCGCGCGCUGGCGGCGGCGUGGGAGGGGCCUCGCGGGUCGUCAGCGGCGAGCUUGGAGGGGUUCCUCAGAUGCGUUGAGAUGUCUUGA